AUGCCUUCCUUCACGAAAAUUGCCAGCAUUGUGGCUGCUGUGAUCAGUGUUGCCAGCGCCCUUCCGGCCCAGCCCAGGUUCACUGAGAUGCAAGAAAAGAUCUUCAACGUCAUGAAGCGCCAAUCACCUGCUGAACAAGCACUGGGUCUUACUGAUGUCGAUGUCCUACAAUUUGCCCUUACCCUCGAGUGGCUCGAGACGUCCUUCUACCAACAGGGCUUUGCCAUGUUCCCUGAUGACCAGUUUGCUGCUCUGGGCUUGAACCAGCAGCAAAUCACUGACCUCAAGAACAUUGGUCAGACGGAGCAGUCCCACGUGCAGUUUCUGCAGAGUGCCAUCGCUCAGGCCGGUGUCCAGCCCGUCCAGCCGUGCACUUACAACUUUGGCUUCACCGACGCCAAGUCCAUGGUCGCCACCGCCAGUGUGCUCGAGAACGUUGGUGUCUCUGCCUACCUGGGUGCUGCACCCAUCUUGGCUGAUGCCAAGAUUCUCGCCGCCGCCGGCUCUAUCCUCACGGUCGAGUCGCGCCACCAGACAUUUAUCCGCGCUGCUGGCGGCACCACGGCUGUGCCUCAGCCCUUUGACACGCCCCUGGGCCCCAAGGCCGUCUUCUCCUUGGCCGCACCUUUUAUCCAGUCGUGCCCGGCCGGCUCCAACCUGAUCUUGACGGCCUUCCCGGCCUUGACCAUGACCACAGCUGCGCCUGCUGCCCCCGCCGUGCUCGCUGCCGGUACCAACAUCCAGGCCCAGAGCACAGCAGCAGCCGGUGCUCAAUUCUGCGGCUUCACCAACGCCAACAUCCCCGGCGGUACCGCCUUUUCGGCCUUUACCCAGGCUGGAGGCUGCGCUUUGCCUCAAAACCUGGCCGGCAUCACCUACAUGACGCUCACCAACGCAGCCCCCAACACUGGUGUCAUCAGCGACGACAUUAUUGUCGCCGGACCUUCGGUCUUGUCGCUCUAA